AUGGAAAAUGAAGAAAAUUACGAUGUGAUCGUCACUGGAGGCGGCAUGGUCGGCACGACAAUGGCAUGUGCUUUAGCGAACAAUAGAAGGCUGGAAGACAAGAAGGUCUUGCUUUUGGAAGGUAGUGCAAAAAAGGAAUACAAAUUGCAGGAACAAUACUCCAAUCGAGUUGUUGCUCUGAAUCAGGAAACUCGCACCUUACUGUCAAGCUUAGGAGUAUGGAAACAUAUCGAAGCAACCCGUUUUUGUCCAGUAUGGGAUGCUUAUUCCGACGCUGUGAUAACAUUCGAUGAGAACCAUCUCUCUGAGGAAUUGGCGUACAUAGUCGAAAACGAUCUGCUGUUGGAUGCAAUCAACAAACAGCUUUCCGAAAAGAAAAAUGUAACUGUGGCUUACGAGUCUAAAAUCGCUGAUGUCAAACUCCCAAAGAUGUCGAGCGAAUUUGCAACAGUGCAAUUGCAAUCUGGAAAACAAUACAGAACCAGAUUAUUGAUUUUAGCACGAUGCAUUAGCUAA